AUGGCCAGCUUGUCUUCACAGCCCGAGGAUACUAACGCCGGAAAAAAGGAUCCUGGACCGCUCAUGCGGCUAAUCCUUCAGGCAGCAAAGGACAAAAGUGCUCCGAGUUCGGCGUCAAUGGAAAGUAAAGAACCUGAGAGUUCCCAGAGUUCGAAGGCAGUGGAAACAAAAGAAUCGAAGAAGGAUCUGAACUGGUACUUGCCACUGUACAAAGCUGCUUUACAAGGUGAUUGGGAGAGUGCCAGAAAAUUCUUCGACCAAGACCCUGAUGCAGUUACUGCUAAAAUUACUAAAGUUUCGGAGACAGCACUACACGUUGCAGUUGGGACGGGAAGGGCCAUACAUUUUGUCAAGGAAUUGUUAGAGUUGAUCCCAACUGAGGCCUUGGCGACUCUGCGGGAUCAAGUUGGUCAGACUGCCCUCCACUAUGCAGCCAUAUCUGGCAAUGUUAAGGCAGCACAGAUACUAGUGUCCAAGAACCAAGACUUGCCAAAUGUACAUAGUGACACAUUAGUUUUCCCCAUCCAUUCGGCCGCUCUUUAUGCCAACAAAGAUAUGAUUUCAUAUUUAUUAACUGUCACAAAGGAUGACAAGGAUCCCAGUCCCUUCGCAGAUAAAUCUGGUGUAGAUCUUCUGAAUCUUGUUACUCUUGCCGAAUUCUAUGAUUUGGCUUUGUAUCUGGUGCAGCUGUAUCCUUGUUUAGCCACAUUAAAAUCAGCUGCUGGCAAAACCGCAUUGAACAUGAUUGCUGGAAAGCCUUCACCAUUCCUAAGGAGAAGUUCCCUUAAUGUUUGGCAGAGAUUUCUCUAUUCAUGUCUGCCUUCGAAGUUUGGGAAUAUAUAUAGCCAAGACAAUGAAAGAGUCACGGAGAAUCCAGCUGGUGGCCCUCAAAUAUGUUCAAAACUUUGCUGCCCGAUUCCCUUUUUCACAAAGCUCAAAUUUUCUGGGUGCCAGAAGUGUAGAUUAGUAAUUUGGAAGGUUAUCGAAUGCUUAGUGCCUCAAGCGAGAUGUAUUCGGAAUGCUAGUUUGAUGCAUCAACAAGCACUUCAAUUAGUGAAAUACUUGUGCAAAGAGAUUGCAAAGUUGGAUUAUUCAACAGCUGUUUCAAUGUUUGACACGCCAAUCCUCUUGGGGGCGAGUAUGGGAAACAGUGAGAUUGUUGAGGAGAUUUUGGACUCAUUUCCACCUGCAAUUUGGUCAAGGAAUCGAAUGGGACACAACAUAUUUCUACUGGCAGUAACAAAUCGACGAGAGAAUGUUUUCAACCUUUUAUAUCAAAUGAGCGAGCACAAGCAGUUGGCAUUGCAGCUUCAGGAUGUUAAAGGGAAUAAUAUUUUGCACUUGGCUGGAAAACUGGCAACUCAAGAUCAACUUAAUCGUGUCUCUGGUGCUGCUCUGCAGAUGCAGCGUGAAUUACAGUGGUACAAGGAAGUGGAAAAAUAUGUGUUGCCAGAGUCCAGAGACAGCAGAAACUCCGAUAGAAGAACUCCGGCUCUUGAGUUUUCCACGGAACACAGAGACUUGAUUAAGGAUGGGGAGAAGUGGAUGAAGGACACAGCAAAUUCUUGUACUGUUGCUGCAGCUCUCAUUGCAACGAUAGCUUUUGCAGCUUCCAUUACUGUACCGGGUGGAAACAAUGGUGAUAAUGGCUUCCCUAUUUUCUCUGCAAAUACGGCAUUUAUUGUAUUUGCUGUUUCAGAUGCGCUCUCUCUCUUCUCCUCGACUGCUUCCUUGUUGAUGUUCUUGUCCAUUCUGACUGCACGGUAUGCAGAAGUUGAUUUUCUAUACUCCCUCCCGAAGAGAUUGAUAAUCGGUUUGGUUACCUUGUUCCUCUCCAUAACAUCCAUGAUGAUAGCCUUCAGUGCCACACUAUAUCUAGUUUUCGGUAAGAAAAAGGCUUGGACUCUUAUUCCAGUAGCUGCAUUGGCCUGUCUACCGGUGACCUUGUUUGUGACAUUGCAAUUUCCACUCCUCAUGGAUAUGAUUCGUUCCACCUACUACCCCGGAAUUUUUGGGAAACAACAAACUUCCAAACGUCUUCUUUUCUAG